GUGUUUUACACACAAACCGCAAACCAUUGUCGCAUAAAAAGUCUUUUCAAACGGUUGUGUCAUUCAUUUAGUCCUCAAGAAGUCUUCUAACACACCACGGAUUAGAUGUUACCACGUGGAGGUCGGAGAGGAAGUCGUGGUCGUGAUGGCGGUGACCAACAAGCGCCCAGAGGUGGAGGCACCGGGAGGUCGAGCACUGGUGGUGGUGGCGGUGACCGUCUAACGCACGGCAUGUCCUCCCUGUCCAUCGGAGGUGUGGUCACCAGUCGCGGCACUCAGGGAACGCCCAUCGAGUUGAUCACCAAUCACUACCGGAUCCAAGGGCUCGAAGGAAUCACGUGUUUGUUAUACGAGAUAAACAUACAACUGGUCCGACGGGACGGGAGAGGAUCGUUAGCCAUGACGGCCGCACCGGCAGCUCCUGGUGUGGACGGCCGGCGGCUACGCAACGACCGAAAGGCCGACAACCGUCGGAUCGUGGAUCAGAUGACCCGCGAGUGGCCCGAAGUCUUCGCGAACCGUUUGUACGCUUUCGACGGCCAGCAGUAUAUGUAUUGCGGCCGCGAGUUAGCCCUCCCUCCCAAUGGGGAACAACAUCCCCGACGGGUGACCAUCGCGUUGGACGGACAGCCGGAGCAGACGUUUGAGGUGCGGAUCAAAUUCACGAAACCCAUCGCUUUCAACGUAAUCAACGGCUACUUCGCCGGUAAGAACCGCGCGCCUAGUGAUGAGGACUUCCGCGAAGCCAUUCAAGCGCUGGAGAUUGUGCUCCGGUAUGUGUCGGACAGGACACGAGUGCCCGUCGGACGCAAUCUCUACGAACCGGACCGUCGGAUGGCGAUCGUCGGCACCAACGCUGAGAUAGCGUUCGGACACUACCAGUCCCUUCACGUCACCCAACAGGGGCUGACAUUCAUUGUGGACAGGACUGCGACGCUAUUCCUGAGCGCCGGUAGUUUGGCUCAGUUUCUCCAAAAGGAGAUGAAUAUCGGGGACAUUGGGCGCCAACCCUUUACUCAACAACUGAUCGAUGCGAUCAACAAAAAGAUAAAAGGCCUUAAGAUAUUCACCAAUCAUUUGCCGUAUAAGAGGUCUUACGUGAUAGAGUCGAUGAUUGUUAAGAAACCCGGAGAAUACACGUUUCCCGACCAGAAGGGGGACGUCGUGUCAGUGGAACAGUAUUUCCGCGAUCACUAUCAAAGACCGCUGAGAUUACUGAACGUUCCGCUGAUUAAGACCCGGGGCUCCGGCAAUACGCACCUACCGGUCGAGGUGUGCAGUCUGUACGAGAAUCAGCCGAUGCCUCGAAAGCUGGUCACCGCUAACAUGACCCGCGAUAUCGUGAAGCAGUCCAACAGUCAGACUCCGACCCAACGUUUCGCGCAAAUACAGCAA